GGAGAGGAGGAUGGAACUGGAGGAACAGCUCAGCCAGGCUCAGCAACAACUGGACCUCCAACAGGAACAGCUAGGGUACACCAGAGAGUUCACAUUCAGUCAAGACAUGGAACCUGAGGUGGAUGAAUAUGGCAGAAUUCUGGACACCAGGACACCAAAUAUAACGAGACGAGCUUUGGGGACAUGUAAGAGACUACAGCGCUGGUUUAAUAGACAAAGUGUCUACCUGAGCCGAAGACUGAGGAUGUAUCCUCGCAUGAGGAACAUAGCCCUGUUAUACGUGAUACUGCUCCAUGCUCUGCUGAUAGCCUGUAUGUUUGGGCUGCUAUGAUGACGUCAAGGGAAUGUUUCUUUACUUAGGCAAUUACAUGUGUUUACAUGUUGAGGUAGUAACAAGAAUUGUGAAUGUAGUCCUUUCAUCAUUUAAAGAUGGUCAUGUAAUCAUGUGGCACAUAUUCAAUACCAAUAUUUUAGUGCAAUAAAUGUAAUAUUUUGAAUAAUUUGCAACAUGAAAGGAAUAUCAGUGUCAUGCUGCAUUUAUCUCACAGCCAGUGACAGGUUGGAAGAUCGUCAUUGUACAUUCUCCGCUGUUGAAUUGGCUACAUUGGCAGGUGACAAGCAUUUGUCAAUGUUGCAUUCUGAAAAACACUGUCACAUUUCCCUGAUGUUUCCAUAAUAUUGUUGUAGAUCUCUUCUUUGUGAAAUGAUAGCAGUUCCUCCAGUAAUUAAGAGAAACACCUUGUGUUGUUGUUAUCACUGAUUGAUUACACAUCAACAGUAAGAGAGGUGACAAAAAGACAACAUUAUUGAUUUAGACUUUUAAUGGAAAAUGUUUAUUUUAAAGGAAAAAAACAAUGUUGUAAGUAGCUAGAAAAUUUUAAUGCUUUCCUUGAUGAAGUAGAGAUCAAGGUUAGUUGCUUCACAUUAAGUUGUGAUAUGUAGAUAUAUUCUUUAGACAUAAACCUUGUGCCUUCAAGUUGGUUAACUUGGAACUUAUCAGUGUCACAUCCUAUUAAACUUAUUCAGUUUUGGCCAUGCUUUAAGGCUUGUUAAAUGGGUCACGGUGAUUAUUUUUCAGUGGAAAAAUGAGACGUGGAUUUUUUAUGUAUUGCGCACAGACAGAUUGGGAAAACAUUCCGUGUCACAAAUGUCAUUUAGGAUGUCAUAUCUCUCAUUGUCUUCCUUGACAUAAAACUAUACAGAAUUAGUAUUCAGUAUUAGAUUUAGCUAAGUUGCAUUGU